CUUGAUAAUGCAUUGUCAAUAUUACAUAACAGGCUGAGUGUCUACAGUAUAGGACACUGUGGCCUGUGAUUGAGCAUAGACUGAGAGCAACAAUCGAGUUACUACCUCAGAGUGUAUUCUACGAAAUAAAAUUACGUCUGUGCACAUGUUUCACUAGGCUUUAUGUAAUUACAUAAAAUGCUGUAAUUCUUUUUAUUGCCAUUGAUUGCUGAUGCUUUUGUUUGUUUGCUGUUUUUUAAGGAGGGGAAAGUGUUAAAACAAAGAAGCAUUAUAAGAAAAUUACAGUAUACUGUUGCUCAGAUGAUUCAGUAUCAGAUUGGUGCAGGUAAAGAAAUAGUUUAACGUGUGGAAAAAGGUAUUAGUACACAUAAGUUGUCAGUGGGAGAAUAAGUAAAAUAAAAUAAGCUUUUACAAGCAGUACACUAAAUGUAUCAAAACAGAGUCACUGUGCAGCAGGCCUGUGGGUAUUACUGGAUUAUGACUGAGCCGUAUUUAAGGAUAUAUGCGUUGCUGGUCUUCAGUUAUAAUUACUAAUAUACUGCCGGUGCUUCUAAUUAUCCAUUAUAAUGCGAUAAAAGCUAUUCUACUGAUCAAUCCUGAAGGGAAAAGUACCCAUUUUAUCACAGAAAUGCAGUGGAAUAUAUUAAAACUUUACUUGAUUGCAAGAAAUCAUAGCUACAUGGGGACUAAACACGACUUAUAUGGGAUUCUGCCACUUUUCAGGGAUCUUUUUGUUAAUAAGCUGCUAACAACAGGAACUGCUUGUUUUGAUACAUUGUAGCCGUGACUGUCUGGACGUCUGCUGUCUGUAUUUGCUGCGCGCCGAUUGGUCGCUCACUUAAAGAGGCGUGGUCUCGUCAUAACAAUGCAUUUCAAGGAACAUACACGCGCCAAGGAAUGUUUUCUGUCUUUGGGUAGUUAACGUUACUUUUUCACGCCUUUAACGGUAUUUCUGCUCAGGUAGAUGCUCUCGUGUACAGACGGCUAUUCAACAGUUUCUGUACAAAACGCAUUCCCUAUGCAGCACUUGAGAGCGUGGGAUAACAGGCUAACGCUAGCAAGCUAAUACCAGCUCCGUUUGGGGACAAAAACAUUAUUUAAAAAAACUAUUGGAAUAAACGGUAAUCGACUGAUUGCCCAUUAACAGCAUAUUUUUGCAGGAAGAUGAUGGUCGGCUAGAGGCUGUUACAUUCGAGGAUAACUUGAUGGGACUCGACAUUUCGGAGGCUAAAGCACCUGCGAUCUCCUAUCGCCAAGCAAGGUUAAGACAAUCAGAGGCAACAUACAAGUGCCUCCACUGUAAGGUUUCCUUUCCCAGAGUGUGACUCGUCUGCACGACGUCACCAAUGCGACCAUGGGAAAUAGCAGUAAAUAGGCUGCCACCAACAGCCCCCUUAAACCCGAGGAGGUUCCUUGGAGAGCCUUGCAACGCCCCAGUGCAUCUCAGGAGAAGCCCACCAGUGAGACGCCAGUGGGGUAGACGAGACAGACCUGUGCUGCACACUUCCCCGGUCCAGGAUGAGAACUUCCAUCGUCUGUUUUUCUCCCAUCAUCACCAACAGGUUCCUUUAGAUGAGUCCAGACAGUACAGCCACACCAGCACAGCACCACGCAUGCUUCACCCUGCUGCUCACCUGCCCCAGCAGAACCCCAUCAUGGUGGAUCUACAUGACCAGAUGCACCAAGGAUCAGUCCCGAUAUCAUACACUGUUACGACGGUGACGACCCAUGGAUUUCCCAUCCACACCGGGCAACCUCUUCCAGGGUGCAACACUCAGCAGCUCCCAGCAUGCUCGGUAAUGUUCAGUGGACAGCUCUCUCUGCUCUGCUGCCUUCCUCCUCCUCUCAUACAGGCAUGCACCAUGCAGCACAUACCUGUGUCUUAUCAAGCCUUUCCACCCCUGAUCUCCAGCGAACAUUUUGUAUUGCACCCUACCCCGUCUGUACCCCCUCACCAGCCGCCGCACCUUACUCCUUUGAGCCAGUUUGUCCCUUUACAGCCUCAGCACCCACGCAUGCCUCUACAGAGGGUGGAGAAUGAAGUUGACCUAAGAGGGGACCAGCACCCAUUAAGCAGCUUCUCCUAUCCUCCCUCUCAUCACCCACCAGCGCUGCCUCCUUCACUGCCCCUACAGUAUCUUCCUCAAGAGCCUUUGCACCAGGAGCUUCCCUUCGGAGUGCCAUAUCCCAACGUGCUGCCACGGCGAGUGAAUGGACAGAGAUAUCGGCUGCAGCAGCCUCUGCCCCCACCUCCUCCCCCUCCAUCUUACUACCCAGGCUUCCUCCCUUACUUCUUGUCAAUGCUUCCUGUGCCUCCAACAGCAGUGGGUCCAGCCAUCAGCCUAGACCUGGAUGUGGAUGAUGUGGAGAUGGAGAACUAUGAAGCAUUGCUGAAUUUGGCAGAAAGGCUGGGUGAAGCAAAACCACGCGGACUCACAAAAGCAGACAUAGAGCAACUUCCAUCCUACAGAUUCAGCUCAGAGAAUCAUCUAUCUGAACAAACGCUGUGUGUUGUGUGCUUUAGUGACUUUGAGUGUAGGCAGCUACUUCGGGUAUUACCUUGUAACCACGAAUUCCAUGCCAAGUGUGUGGAUAAAUGGUUAAAGACCAAUCGCACUUGUCCUAUCUGCCGAGCCGAUGCCUCGGACGUACACCGGGAUGUGGAGUGAGAACAGUCUCUGAAUGCUGAACUGGAAAGCUGCACACGCCAGAGUCUGUCUCAAAGCUGGGGACUCCUGCCACCUAACCCGCGUCCUCCAGUAAAUAUAGCUUAACAGCCCACCACUCCUGCCCCUCUCUAAAUGAUAAGCAAUCCAGGAUCAUUUCUGGAGUGUGUUGUACCUCUGCUGUGCUUCAUUGUCAGAGUCUCAUGAAACCCACUGCCUACUGCAGCCUACAGCCAGAGUUCUGGGAUCGCCAGCCACUUCUUUCUCUGCCCCCUUGUUGCAGAUUCCAAAGAUUUGACCCUACAAUGCAUUAUUUGCUGCUUUUGUUUACAGGGUUUCAUUUAUAUUUAGUGGAUUUGGUUGAGGUGUUCACAAAAAAGUGGGAGUCCAGCUUUGGAGGAGAUGAGUCUGAAGCCUGGAGGAUGAUAGGCUGGACACUGUGCAAUUAGCAGAAGAAGUAAUAGUAAUACUUCACGUGGGUAUCUGUGUUUGGAGGCGGCGCCUAACCAUCAUAGAUGCAUGUUUGUGUUAGUGUUUGGCAAAGUGACUUGUUAAUAAUGUAUGUUCUGCAAUAAUGUAUCAAUCCUUUUUAACAGUUUUACUCUUUAUUUCUUUUCAACUUUGCCAAUGCUAUUGUGAAAGCGUGACUUACUGUGUUACAUGCAGAUAUGUUAAGCCUGAGGUCAUGGACUGCAAGUGAUGGGACAUGCAGCUGCAGGGUAUCUUCUAGCCCUGAUAAUCCACUCUGGAACACAGAUCUGUUUGACGGCAGUCACGGAUUAAUAGGCUGCAUCUUUUUGAGGUCAUCUGGAAUAACUGCACAAGUGCUACAUCAACCCUCCUCGUCAGCAUUAUUCUUCUGGCAAGUGUGUGCGUGCGUUUGUGUGCAUAUUGUGUGUGUAUGUUUGUCCUGUUCACAGAGCCAAUGCAUUGUGUAACCACUGGAUACAGGGCAGCAUGCUAGGAUUUGCAUGAACUGUUGAUUCAGACUAGCAAUAUUUUAAUCAAGCAUUGCCACCAAAAUUAUCCAAUUUUAAGAAAAAGAAGAGACAAAGAAACAUACUAAAAGAACUGCUCGCUCACUCAGAAAGCACCAUGAGGGAAGACUAGCAUGUGGUUACACCCUGACUGUUUUUAAGAACGGGAGAGCCCCGUCUGAAGGCCUGUGCAGAAAGCAAUAUGUGCAGUGAGUGGUGAGUUUUAAAUUAACAUUUUCUUCCCCUUUUAGGGAGACUUGGGCUUUCUAUUUCUUUGUUUGUCAGCCAAAUCCAAUAUACAUAUAUAUCCUACUGUUAAAGAUUUCAGAUCUGCCUUUUUAUGACCUUGACAAGCACAACCCUGUUACUAAUCCUGAGAAUACUGUCAUUUCCACUUGUUUUAAACAUUUUUUUAAAGUUUAUUUAUUAGUUUUAUCCUUAAGAGAAAAUCCGUUGAAGGAAACAGUUGGAGCACUAUCAGUAGUUGUGUAAGGUAUGUGUUAUAAUCUGGUAACUUGGUCAGGUCAUUGUUUAGGCCGAUGGUAAUGGUGUUGUAAAAGAGCAACUGUUAUGUAUAGCUUCAGUGUGAAUGCUUUUAGAUAAACGUUUGAAGACAGAAGAAUGUUGAAAACCCUUGUAGAAGUCACUGGUGACGCUCCACGUUAACACCAGCUGCCUGUUUUCCACAGCGAUCUGAUCGAGCUUCAGAUGAUGCAGAGCUGGAGUGUUCAGUAGUGUAGAAACACUGUAAGACUUCUAGACCCCCAAUUGUGUUAACACUAGAAAAAAACAGGAUAUAUCUGGGGUGGGAGAGGAAAGAGCAACAAAUGAACUUUUCACUCUUGUCUCUUUACUGCCCCAGUAAGCACUAACAGGCAGUUUAAACCUUUACUUUGAUGUGUGAAGGGAUCUUGCCUUUUUCUUUGUUUUUUAAGUGAAUGUGAGUCUUUGACGUGUGCCACCUUCAAGAGAAAAAAAGAAGCCAUUUAAUGAGUUAAACCCACAGCUUUGAGAAUUAACCUAUGUGUACAUAUCUAAACGCUGGCAUAUAUUCUAAGUUUAAAAAAAAAUCACUCAGGGCCUCUCGAUAUAUAAAAAUAAAGAAAAGUCCAUUUCAGAUGGAAAGGAUGCCAUGAAAAGAAUAUAACUGAAUUUAGUUUGGUCCUUUCCCUUAGACCAUAAAUAAUUUAAUGUAAUCAAUUAUAUUAUUCUGUUUUGUCUAAAAUAUAGGUAUUACACCAUUUAAAGACAGGCAUGCAAGAAAAAGAUAUCAGUAAAUAUGUUAACAAUAUUCACUGAAAAGAAGCAAUGUACACUGCAACUCAUUACAAGUGUAUUAUUCAGACUUGUUUGACUUUUGUUCCUGUACUCAAACCAUAUGUUCAGACAUAGCGGCGUGAUCCCAUCUCUAAAUGUGCCACAGUGCACACUAUCCUACCUAGUUCACUCCUAAAUCGACUUCAGAGGUGUUUGCAUGACUUAGAAAAAAGAAAAAAAGAAAAAUGCUAAAAAUAACUAAAAAAAAAAAAGAGAAGAAAAAAAAAAGGAAAAGUGUGUUUAUAGUGAAGGAUAUCUCAAAAUCUGGUGGGGACCUAUUUAAUGGUGCACAAUAUGCAUGCUUGUCAACCAGAUCCCAACUGAUUUUUAGCUCUAGUUGGCUUUGGGUUCUGGGAGUUUGGAUCUUAACGCUCAGCUGAUAACUGCCAUGCAUUGUACUGCACACAUUUGUAAUAGAACUGAAUGACUACAAGAUUUUAUUGCGCUAACUUCAUUUUAUAGAGAGAAAAAAAAAAGAAGAAAAAAAUACUGGUCUUGAGUCCAGAAAUUCUUACAUACAUUGUGUUACUGUUAUUGCCCUAAUGACUGAAAAUUACAUGCUCUGAAACUACUGUAGUCUAUCAAAAGCCAUAGUGAAAAGGUGCUAGAUGUUCUGCUUUUAGGUAUGAAAACUCACUUGCGUGAAUGCAAUAGUUUGUCAUGGAUCCCAUGUAUUCUUAAAGCAUGUUCUACCAAUACCCCUAAACAAUGUCAGUGAAAAUCAAUAUAGUUUAAGGGAUUAAAAAAGAAGAAAAAGAUAACCGUGUUGUCAUAUUUAUUUCAGUGUAGUACUGUACCUGCCUAUCAGGCUCUUACUCUCAGUGUAUCAAUAUCUUAAAAUGUAUUGUUCGCAUAUAGAUACCUUAAUUCAUGUUAAUGUUAGCACUAUUCUUUUUUUGAAUAAAUAUUUAAUUGACAAUAUCCAGCUACCCUGUUAAAUGAAAAGAACUUCCCAUUAAGGCCUAGGUAAUGAGCUCAUUUUUAAUGACAACUAAGAAUAGAGUCUUGUAGUCUUUCUGUUAAGAGUUAAUAAAUAAUCUCACAGCUUGUGUGGUGCAAAAAUGUUUUCCAAUAAGCAGCUCAAGUUUAUUUAGGAUUUGUGAUUGAUUGCUCCGUAGAUGCCAUUCAUUGUUUACCAAUGAUUCUUUUUUUUUUUUCACUGUUGUGGGAUAGUGGUUUACUGUUCUUACUCUCUUUGGCCUCCAGGGGUCCUCGCCUGAACACCAGAUUACCCACCCACCAACAGAGCCAGGGGCAUGUGUUCUGUGUUUAGGCAGAUAUUUUGCUUUGGUACUUGCACAUUUACAGUUACCUCAUUUUUUUCCAUGUUUGUAUUGGGGGGGUUGGGGGGAGAAAACAGCUAAUAUAUAUUAUAUAUAGGAAAUGGUUCUUCUGUUAUAAUUUUUCAUUCCAUUGGAAUCAUAUUGUUUGUAGCAUUUAACAUAACUAGUUAGUGUAUUAUAUAUACAUCUGUAUACUGUUUGAAAUUUUUAAGAUUUGUACUUUUUUUAAAUGAAAGUUGCUAGUUAUGCUUUACCAAGUAGUGCAAUCAUUUUCCCCCUUUUUUUUUUAAUUGUUGUGGCUGAUUCGAGAGGGUUGUUCACUAAUAAAUGUAUAAUGUAUACCAAUA